AUGUCGGCAGCCGAACAACCGGAUUUAUUGUUUUUUGAUACAUUCUCCCACGAUACUAGUGAGGAGCUGAAUUUAGAUUUGGUGCAAUUCCCGAAAUCGGUAUAUGUCCGGGAAAUUCGCAUUAUACCCUUGGGGGCGCGUGUAGAAGGUGAUUUUCCCGGUGGAGUACGACUGGGUGCUACAAAUCCGACGAAGUUCCACAUAGAUUUCUUUGUGAACGAUUUAAGUAAACCCGGCGCAUCCACUUUUGAGGCCCUUGGCAGCUUAGACUACUGUCAAAAUGGACAGAUUCAUAUGGAGUGUGGAAACGGCUUGGAUCAACCACGGAUACCAACUGAUGGACUAGUGCUCAGAGGUUGGUACACAACAAUCACCUUAGCAGUCUACGGUAACCUGACUCAAGUGCUGCCUGAAACCCCAGUAGGUGCUAACCCACCUCCAACUGUACAAAGACCUGCAGUUCCCCGUGAGGUCGUGCCACCGCCUGCAGUAGUGGCUCAGACCCCAGAAUGGCCCCAGGAAACAUCAAACCCCAUACCAGCUUACACUGGCAAUGUAGUCACUGCUAACCCUGAUGCUUAUGGCCCCAGCAACUAUACUGAAAAUUAUGACAGCCAAAUGUACAGGGCUGACUACUAUGAGUCUGAACCAGCACCUGGUCCAGGACCAAAAGAUCCUAGAACCUACCAGCACAUGGAUGAAGGUAAUUGGGAUAAGAGAGAUCUCAGCUGUGAAAGAGAAGGAGAUAGGUUGCGUCACAGUCCCCGUUCUCUUGAUCAUGACAGGGAUAGAGAUAGACGCGAUGGUAGAAGUCGGAGACGCUCAAUUGAUCGAGGCAGAAGCCGCGAGUCAUCGAGGCAUCGCGACAGAAGUAGGGAGUUGGAUCGAUUGGAUCGACUUCGCUCGAGAUCAAGGAGCCGCGAUAGAGAUUACAUAGUUAAAGGAGAAUAUCGUCCUUUGAGCAGAUCUAGAUCUCGAAGUGGUGACCGCAUGCGUGGAUUGUCUAAUGACCGCGAUUGGGACAGGGGAUCCUACAAAAAGGAUGAUUACAGGCGUCAUCGCGAACUAUCUUACGAUCGAUCUCGCGGAGGUUCUUAUGAUAAAGAGGCAGGCUCAUAUGAACGCCGGUCUCCUUAUGACAAAAGAGGUCCAUCUUACGAAAGAAAAUUGUCUUAUGAAAAACGUUUAUCGCCAUAUGAAAAGCGCGGUUCAUCAUAUGAAAGACGUGCUCCGUCUUAUGAGAAACAGUCUGCUUAUGAUAGAAAACGUCACUCUCCUUACAGUCGUAUUAGAGGCUCUAGCUAUAGCAGGUCUCCCAGCCGUGAUGAUCCCAGAAAAAGACCAAGAACACCUCCAGGAGAAGGUAACCGAAGGCCUUUAUCGCCAAGAGAUGUAGACGCAUCUAGUCCUAUUAACUCUAUUAGAUCGGAAGAAGGUGCAGAAUAUGACAGAAGUGGCAAGCAGAUCCCAAGAGUCGAUUUUUACCAUCAAAGUUACAGACACAAGCCACCUAUUCGUAGUCCCUCUCAAGAAGCGGAGGUUCCGCCCUAUGUUGAACAACAACAUUCUAGUUUGGUUACUGUUCAAAUAGUAGACAAUCCUACCACUAAAGUUGUCGAAUCACCAAACAGGAAUCAAGAUGAAGACAGAUCAAUGGAUGCUGAGCAAUUCGAGCCCAUUCUGUCAGAUGAAGAUAUCUGUGAUGAUCUCGAAGGUUCUACCUACGCUGAAGGUGAUUAUGAUGUAAACGAUUACUGUGGAGUCGAUGAUAUCAUUAAAUAUUAUAAUCCUUUUAAAUCUGAGUGGAAUAAAUAUGAAUAUCUGAACAAAAUUCACCUACUAGGCCCUAAAAAAGAAGGAAUAAAAGAUGUGUUGAAUGCCACUUUUGAUGAUCUGUGCGAUGCCAGUCCUGAACUGUUUAAGAUUUCUGAAAUAGCUAAGUCUAACAAAAAAUUAGAUCAAAAAUUCUUUGCGAACACCUUUGCUGAUAUUGACAACCCUGCCAGGGAAGAAUGGGUUCAUCAGUGCGAACAACUAUAUGUUGCCAUGACCAACCUUUGCAAAACAACUGAUAUCGUGCUAAGAAUUUUUACAAAACCUAAUCGCAAUGACGUCUGUGAUGAAUUUACAGAGAUUUACUAUCUUCUUAUAACGUUCUGCAAAAUUGGACUAAACUACGAUUUCGCAUUAGUUCAGCAACAGCCUACGUACAAGAUAAGGCACAUGAAAUGUGGGAUACGUCUCGCUGAAGCGCUUAUGUCACACCGACACAACGGAGAAGUCACUAAAGUACUCCUUGCGUCUGGAAUAGAUAUGUCAAUGUCCUUACUAGAGAUGUAUUCUAAAGAAUAUAUGGCGCUGAGCAUACGUCUCAUGAUAUUAAAGGCAUUGAACGCUUGUCUUUCUUCAAAGGAGUCAAUGGAGCACUUCAUGAGGGAAACAAUAUUUCCAAAAUUCGAUAAAAAUGAUGACCGCAAACCCAGGAACGGGUAUCAAGCGUUAAUAUCAAUGAUGCAGACGAACCCAUUAGCGAGGGUAAAGUUUUCGAUCAGUGCUCUUAUAAAAAAAUUAAACAUUUACGAAUUGUUGCAAAAGUUAUACGAUUUAGUUAUUAGUUUUAGUAAGUCUGUCGGCGGUGACGAUGCCGAUCUUUCGGAAGCAGAUGCGCAUUUUAUCGUGAAUGCUUUAGAAGAAAUUUUAUAUACGUAUCGGGCACAGUGCUUUCACUUAUCUCAACCAAAGCGGUUUCUUCCGGUCUCUGCUCAAUUCGAGAUUAAUAAGGAGUGUUCUAAUGAAAUUUUACUGGAAUUCUUCAGCAUUCACAAGCUUUUAGAAGUCUGUCUUUAUCUGCUCACAUGUCCCACGACCUGCAAUAAUUUAAUCGUAGUAAGCCCGAUACACGAUUUAAUUUACGAGUUGGUUAACUCUCAUAAUGGACUAAGUUUUUUAUACAAAAAUAUGGAAUUGAGUGAAUUACUGUUCAAAACGUUAACACAGCCAUACAGCCAACAGAACUCCGAAGAUGGAUUAUACCCUCAUGAUUUGAGUAACUACAGUGACCUUCAGAUUGUGGCGCUGGAAAUGGCAUAUAAAUUAAAAGCGUUAUAUUAUUUGGAAUCGAUUUGUGAUUUACAGGCAGGUAAAAGUGAUGAAAACGAACUCAUAGACAGACUACAAUCUCUUUACUGUCUUAGUUUUGGUAGUAUUGGCAGAACAGCCGUGCCAGAUGUAGUCGUAAUGGAGGAUAAUGCAGAAUGUCUCAUGGAGGUCUUCGAGAGCGAUUUGAAAACAAGGAAUAAGAAUGAGUCACCAUUGAAGCAAAAAUCUCCAGCGAAAGGUUACGCUAUUGAGCUAAUCGUGUCAGCGGUGCGAUUCGCUGCAAAUGUACCAUUCUUGAAAAAGUACGGACAACGAUUGAUUAACGUAUCGAGGGAACAUGACAGAUUUGAACCGAGCGUUUCAAGUGUUUUGCAAGAAGUUAUACCAUAUUUGAAACCUGUUGAAAAAAAUACUGUGUUGACAGGCGAAGACAUGGCUGAGUGUGUAGAAAUAUUAAAGGCCAGUGCUGAACACGCCCCUGACCUGCCUGGGGAGCUAAUGACAUGUUUAAGGAUUCUUAGACAUUUCUGUAUAUCAGAUUAUGAGAAUAAUGUCACAAUUGCUUGUGAAUCUGCAACUGAAGAGUAUGUUGAGCUCAAAUACAAGUAUAAUGUUUUACAGCUAUUUUCUUUAGAUGGUGUCGCGCAUUUGGCUGGAGUUCUGGAUCGUUUAGCGACACAUUUUGAUCAGCCGAGCAUGCACACUUCUUUCUUCGCUUCAGUAAAGGGACUACACUUGGCCCAAGUAUUAUUACCUUGUUUGCGAUUGCUUGAUGCUAUGUUGUCAAGAGUUGUUCGCUGUCGUGGACCAAGAUUCCGUGAUCUGACUGCAGCUCCAGUUUUGCUAAAGACUUAUGGGAUUGCCAAGGCUUUCCCAGUUGGUUCAGUGGGAUACAGAACAGCUGCGAAAGCAGCCGAAGCGUCAGUAAGAGCUUUACUUGCGUACGCCCAGCCAAUAGCAGAUGACGCAAACGAUGGUGAUUCCAUCCGACGAGGACCUUGGACUUCUCUGUGCUCUGAAGUAAUAUCAUACAUAACCACCGCACCAUACACAUUUGUUCCUGGCUUAUUAGUCUUUUCAGAGCUACUUCCUUUACCUUUGCCAAUGCAGACAAAAACACCUCCGACGGAGCGAGAAUUAGCUGACGCGGCAAAUGAGAGACGUCUUUGGUCAGCACAUUUGCACGCCUUAUCAAAUGAUUUGACAGACAUGAUACAGAUAAUCUGCAUGUCUACUUAUAGGCCUGUUGUGCAUAUGCUAAGAAGAGUUUGUGUUCAAAUUGCGGAUUUGGCACCGAAUACGGCAGCCACUGUAGCUCGGGCAGCCGUAGGAGCCGUUACAAGGGAAUUAAAGCCAGGUGAACCCGCCACAGCUAGUAUUGCCAGGGUACUUGGCUUUCUAGCGUGCUUAGUAUCUCACGCACCAGUUAAGUGUGCUGUUCUCCAUGCUAUGAACAGUGGAGGACCCAGAGCAACCGAUGUCCAAACUGCAUUAUGUUCUGUGCUAGGUUUGGCAAAUGCAUCUAACGAACAUGGUGCCGCUCAGGAGUACGCCGCACAUGCUUUAGCAGCUUUCUGUGACGCUGAAAUUACCCUGACACCUUUAAAUGGAGCUUCUGAGGUCAUACUGGUUAAUUCUCUGCCAAAUAAAGAUGCUUUGGCUGCAUUUUUGGACGCGACAGCCGACUGUCUCGAAUCUACAACAAAGACUUGCUCAGUGGCGUCUUCAAUACUUCGAGCGUAUUUCGUCUUAACGGAACAUGAAUACGGAUUCCAGCAGUUUCGAAAAUUUAUUUUCAAAAGACGAGAAUCUCUGGGGAAAUUCUUUAAAUGGGCUUUAGAAGGCCAAGGGGAAGAUAAAGCGGAAUGUUUAAGUUUAUAUAUUGACCUGAUCAGAAUCUUAAAAAUGGAAGAAGGCGAGGGUCCUUUCGGCAGGAAGGCUAUGCUAACCGUGCACGAGAUGGCAGAUAUGGUGGGAUACCAGCCCACUGACGAGGAUCAUCCUGUUCUAAAACUUGAAAAAAUAUUGAGGGAGAAGAAUUCAGACGAAGAUGCAAUCGCUAACGCUCACUUCUUGACCGAUCACAUUCUAAAGUCAAAGACUACAGAGGAACCUGCAACGCCACCCGAAAUUCAGGAACCGGUGUUGCCGGCGCCGGAAAGCCUGGUGGCGCAGUUCCAGGCCAGAACUAUAUACGCCAUAGGAGAGGCCAGCGACGAGAGACUCACUUCCAGCUAUUGGCUGAACGUGCCCGCUCCGCAGGCCGCCAGCGGAGAAGACGACGGCAACGAUAGCGAACUGGUAUCGUGCGAUAUAAUGGAGAUAGCGAACGCGUACGUGUGCGGUGGCGGCGAGGGGGUGAGCGGGGCGGUGCGGCGCCUGGCGGGCUGCCUGCACGCGCCGCCCGACCCCGCGCCCUGCGACGACAAGCGGCCCCCCGUGGCAUUGUCGCGGCCGCGAGCGGAGGGGUGUGCGGAUGCGUUCCGCUCCCGCCCCCCCAACACUUCGCGCCCCCCCUCACUGCACGUGGACGACUUCACCGCGCUGCACCAGCCCUACACCGCUGCACAGAUCAAUAGAGGUUCUCGUCGCGGUAUUGCCGUGUCUGAUCGCGGGCGCUUCGCCUCAGCUGCGCCGCUGCACCACUACCGCCACCUUCGCGGACGCGGCGCGUGGGAGAUGGGCGCUUCACACUUCGGACACUUCCCGCCGGCCUCGCAGUAUAUGAUGGGUGGGAUGGGUUGGGGGGGAGCGCGCAUGCAGCGCGGCCCCAGGCACCGCUCCUUCAUGCGCUGA